AUGAGUCGUGAUAUACGCUACACCGGUGACUGCCAGAGUUGGGAUCUGAAUGACCGCUCCAAAAAGGGCGCCAAGUGUAGCACAUUGCUGGCAGCUCACGGGCAGCAGCCAGCCAUGCGGCACCCAGGAAAGAUCAUCAAUUCGGUCGAGGAGGCAAGGGGAAAGACUACCAUGAGGGUCCUAGAGGCUCAGUGUCGAGGAGGCUAUCAUGGCAGGCACAGAAGGGGCCAGGGGCUCGACCUGCCUCAUAGCCCUCUUCAGUCAAUGCUUCCUUUCAAGGGCCCUCGUCGCGCCAGCCAGUCAGGCGAGCCGGAUGAGCGGGUGAGCGGGCGAGCAGGCGCUGCCAACGGCCCCGAGCUGUUCGCGCGCCAGGCACCGCUGGGCUCCUUUUUGCCUGGCUGCAUAGGGGUGUUCCACUCCCGGGGAGAGGGGGCAACAGUCCCCCAUCAACUCGCGGGCACGCUUUUGUACAGCAAUUCUCUUGACGCUCUACAUCUCCAUCAAGAGCGGCGUCAUCCUGAUUGCGAUAUUGACUUUAAUGUUCCUCUCGCCCAGGGCGGGGGUGACACGGUACUCCAUUUCGUCCUUCGUACGCCUAGAGAGCGGUUCCAGGACAGUAAGGAAGAUAUUGUGAAGCUUUUACUGCGUACUGGUACCAACCCACUGCGGUGUGACCGGAUGGGAGAUACGGCACUUCAUCUUCUGGCGGGAGAUACCAGGCCGGCUGGGUCCUUGACAGAGGGCAGCAGGCUUCUGAGGCUCCUCCUGGAGGGCUGUCCUGAGUUGCGGGAACCUUGUUCAGGCUCCAUUGAUAAAAAGAACGACUUUGGCGAUACCCCACUCUUCGUUGCCAUUCUACACAACAACAUCGAAUGCGCGCGGCUACUUUUAAAGCACGGGGCCGACCCCCACGAGCUAGGCGAGUAUGGUAUGACGGCUCUGGACUUCGCAGUUGAGAGGGCGUAUACGGAAAUUGCUGUAUUGCUACUUAGCCACAUGACAAACCGGGAGCAAGAAGAGCGGGAAGCGGCCGGGAACGAGACACCGGCAGGCGAGCAAAUCCUCGGGUGA